GUAACGUCUUUUCCACAAGACGGAGCCCAGUUUUUCAUACACUUGGCACACGGAACGUGCAGCUGCGUGCAGCUUGGAGAGACGAGAUUCACGUGAGUGCGAUUCGUGAAAGAUAAAAGAAGAGAAAUUAGCUGUCUGCGAGUCGCAAGGUCGUUUAUAUUAAAUUGUACAGUUGUAAUUGCCGCAUAAAAGUUGUCUCCAUCGCUCCGCUAAUUAUACACAGAUUUUCGGUGAAAUUGAGAAAAACAUGAAUACACAUGAAAAUACACAGGAGGAGGAAAAUAUGCAGAAAACAGAGGUAGAUCCCUUAACCGGUGAGACGUCAGUUGCUCGGUGCGACAAAUCGAUGGAAGGUACAACACAAUCGAUGUUUAAUCUCAACGUUUCGCCUGAUCUUCGAUCGAACAACGAAACCAUAGGACCACACAAUGAAAUGGUAUCAAAUGAAACUGAGAUGCACGCUGCAUCGACUUCCUCAGCAGCUGGCAUGGAUGCUACGUUGAAUGAUGUUGCUGAUCGUGCAAGUACCUUGUCAGUUUCUUUGAAUCCUAAAUCUGACGUAAACGAUGCAAAACAUGGUCAAGCUAAACACUUAUCCACAAACAACAAAGGGAAAAAUAGAAUCACAUCGGCUGAGAAUAAACAGAAUAUACAGAAUUUGGUUCAGGUCAAUACUGAUAAUGCAACAAUGAAGAAAAAUAAGAAAAAUAGGAAGAGAAAUAAGACGAAAGCAACAGAGGCAAAUGAAUCAAAUAUAGAGAAUGUACUGAAUAAUUGUCAUCAACACAAAGAAAAUGGCAGGAAGGAAAUAAAGAGAGAUAAUAAGACAAAAGAGAAGACAACGAAGAAAGUGAAAAAAGCAUUUAAAAAAACGCCAGUCUUUUUGGAUUACAUACCUGUGCCAGAAAUGGAGCAGGCUUUAAGCGAACAAACGCCCGAUAACGUACAGUACAUAAAAGGGAAUCUUCGUGUGAAUUCCGUUUGCCCUAAAUUUGCUUAUUUAAGAAUGGAGGAUAUGGAGGAGCGCGAUUUGUUGAUCGUUGGUACGCGCCAUAGAAACCGCGUGUUUCAUGGUGACCUGGUUGUAGCUAGCAUCAAUCCCGAGAACGCGUGGUUUACGUAUCCCGACGGGGCGGUACAAAAGACUGGUAUGGUGGUUUCCAUAUUAGAAGCGUUGCAUCCGAGAACAGCGGUCGGAUAUUUAAAAGAACAGAAUUCGCUCAUAAUGUGUCAUCCGAGGGAUCGGAGAAUACCGAUGAUUGACAUCCUGCCCGAGUCACUACCGCCUCUGUAUCUCGAGCAGCCAGGUGUCUACAAGAACACUAUGUUUUAUGUUAACAUCGACUCGUGGGAGCACUCGUACGCGUCAGGGCGAGUUCUUUCGAUCGUGGGUGAAGGUGGUGAAAUAGAAGCGGAAUUACGAGCAAUAAUACUUGAAAACAAUCUAGACGUAUCACCGUACCGAAAAGAGCUGUUGGAAGGGCUGCCGAAUAGUGAUAUUUUAACGGACGAUGACAUAAAGGACAGGGAGGAUUGGAGGAAUGAAUGCGUUUUCUCGAUUGAUCCUGCCACGGCCGUCGAUAUAGACGAUCUACUUUCUUGUAAAGUGUUGGAAAAUGGAAAUUACGAGGUCGGCGUACAUAUAUCGGACGUUACACAUUACUUGAAAUUUUCCUCCUUACUAGACGCAGAAGUUUCGAAACGAGCUACUUCCGUUUACACGCCGCACACAGUUUACCACAUGCUACCAGAAGAGCUGUGUCGAAUCUGUUCUUUACACGCCGGUAAAGAUAGAUUAACCUUUUCCGUAAUCUGGGAGAUGACACCGGAUGCCGAGGUCGUGAGGCAUCGCUUUGCGAAAACCGUAGUGCGAUCGUGUUGCCAAAUGUCGUACGACUCGGCGCAAACCAUGAUCGAGAGUCCAGGAGAAAAAUCCUGGGCGGAAGAUUCCCUCGACAUAAGGGGAAAUUAUACGGCGUCGGCGUUGUGCGACGUAGUAAACAAAUUAUUUAAAUUAUCUAGUAAAAUGCGCAGUAAACGAUUUGCCGAUGGGGCAGUGAGAUUGGAUCAACCGAAGUUACAAGUACGCUUGAACACCACGCCCAGCCGGGAACGUAGGAUUCCGACAGCCGUAAAUUAUUACGUGCACGUGAACAAAGAUAGCAAUAGUCUUGUAGAAGAAUUUAUGCUGUUAGCAAAUAUGACAACAGCCGCUCGACUGCAUACCGCAAUUCCCGAAACGGCUUUUCUACGUAUUCAUAGGGACCCAUUUAAGUACCCUCUUAAUUCGCUUCGUGAAAUGUUACAAAAGUAUGGCAUUCAUCUCGAUAUCGAGACAGCUGGAGCCUUACACGCCAGCAUCCAUCGUUAUCAGCCAAAUCUUUACUCUGAUAACGAUCCAAUGAAAUAUGUUAUGAUGGUUAUCAUAACUCUGUGUUCAAAGACUAUGAGAUGUGCAGAAUAUGUGUGCGCGUCUACCAUUCCUUCGUUGUGUGGUACCAAACAUUAUGCACUGAAUGUACCGCUUUACACACACUUUACCUCGCCUAUUCGAAGGUAUCCCGACUGUGUAGUUCACCGGUUACUCUCCGUAGUAAUCGAAGAUAAGCCCUUGCCAGAGAAAUGGACAGCCGAAUUAUGUUCUAGGAUUGCAGCGAAUUGCAACGUGACGAAGUACAAUGCAAAACUGGCACAAGAGCAAAGUACUGAAGUAUUCUUUGCAGAGAUGGUGGGUCUCGCCGGCGGUUUCGAAGCCUCAGCUAUCGUGUCGAACGUGAAAGAAGACAAUAUAGACGUCAUACUUUGUGAUACUGGAAUAAAAUUAAAAAUAGAUCUCAAAGAAAUAGCACACACUGCCACAAUCACUUAUUCCGUACAUCGUGUAUCAUUAGUGCCAACUACAGUUAUAAAUUGGAAAGAACCUCCCGUCGAACAGCUGAUCGAAUUGUUCAGUUUCAUACACGUAUGGGUGGAGAAAAUUGAUAAGACAUUGCGUUUGAAGGCCACCUUAUUACGUCCAGAAUAGGUAAUAGGAGAUUCUAUUUUUAUUAUUUUUAUGACGCAACUAGGAGACCAUUGUGUGUAGGUGACAGAAUUAUUAUGUGACAAGGACUUUUAGUAAUAUUUAUCAUGCUUAGAAUUUAACUCUGCGUAUAUACAUCGAGGAAUGUUAUCAGAUUUGGGAACAAUUGUUGAAUACAAUUAUUGAGAAUAUAUAGAAAGAGAAACGAUGAAAUGUA